CACAUCUAGGUCGAUUUUGUUCUUGUUCUGCAAUUCUCUUUCGUUCCACCAAAGAGCCUUGGACCAGACUUCACACACACACACAGAAUUCAGUAGCACAAAGUAAUCAAUCGUUGAGAUGGUGGAAGAGGAGAAGAAGAAGAGGGUGGUGGAGUCAUUAGGAUGGCUGACGGAGUCUUCUGUGAUGCCCAAGAAGCAUAAGGCCAUCGAAGGCGUAGGUGCCUCUUCCAUCCUCGAGCUGAAGGCACAUCUUUACAAGUCCCAAGAAGAGGCCAAGAAGACCAAGGAAUUUGCCCCCGAUGUAGAAUACCACCGGGCCAAGAAGAAGAUCGUCACCCAGGAUGUAUUCACACAGAAAAACUCCGGUGUAGAAUCUCGAGCUACCAAGGACAAGCUUGAGCUGAAAGCAGUAAAUGAUGGAUCAGCCAGCUAUGCAGCACUAGAAAGGAAGGCCGAGUUAUAUGAUAAACUUGCAAAAGGGGAACUCUCUGACGAAGAAGAGAAGGAGAAGUACUGUGUGGACUUUUUCAGUAAGAGCCUUGAACAGGAUAAGCAAAAGCAACCACAAGUCCAUGAAUCUUCCCCUGGAUUUUCCGCACAAAAUGAAGAUAACGUUGAUGAUUCUGAAAUGCUUAACACAAGAACAUAUGGGCCUGGGCGAACCGCUGGCACAGUAGAUAAUGCGGAACAUAAGCGUUUUGUGAGGGAGGUCCAUGAAGAAGCAAAUCAAGCGAGGGAAAAGGCAUCUGCGCUCAAGUUGCGUAGGCAAGAGCAAGCUGCAACUCGCAGGGACAAACUAAGACAGGCCUAUCUUCGAAAACAGCUGGAGAAACUGAAAGCUGCACCAAAAACAGACCAACCAUGUAAUACAGAGCCAUAAUGUUCCAUCAUUGAAGGGAAGAUAAAAAUAUGAAGGACUGCAUAUUCGAGCUCUU